AGCUUGCUGGUCAUUGUCAGUGCUGUCUGAGCAGGCAGUACCUUAGCUACCUGCCGCCCCCGAGAAUCGCUUUUUUUCUUCUCCAUGAUUUUCAUCAGGUCCUCUUGCCUUUCAUGCUUUCCUUCAACUCUGGUAGUUGUUAUACCAUCUUACCACGUUCCAAGCUAUGGCCACCUAUGUCACCGAGCAGAGUACAACUGCGAUUGGGAUUCUUUUCCCCACGUUAGCGAUAAUAUUGCUAGGUAUUCGUACCUAUGGGCUUUUUCGGCAUUACUCUCGACGUGAUAUCGGUAUCGAUGAUGUCCUGAUUGUACCGGCGGCGUUUCUCACGGUUACAUCUGGCGUUGCGAUGGCGAUAGGGGCACAAAUGCACAUCAUCGGUGGCCAUUCCCUUGACGGCUCAUGGGGGCCUGAAGAUAACGUCAAGCUUGGAAAGUUCGAGUACGCCUUCUGGAUGGGCCAUAUCCUCGCCAUCGGCUUCAUCAAACUUACCCUGCUCUUCUUCUUCCGGGGUUUGUUUAAGGGCCGGGCCGAACGAACAGCAUUCGACUACUCAAACUGGAUACUCAUUGUCCUUGUAAUACUCUGGACAGUCUUGUUUCUCUUUCUCGAGAUAUUCGCCUGCGGGCUAAGGCCAGAGUCCGGAUGGGAAAGCUUCGAGUCUUUGAGAACCAAGUGCAUGGACACCUUCGGCAUGCUAACCGGUUGUUCCGUCUUUAGCUGGGUGCUGGACCUGGCUAUCUUUAUCGAGCCGUUGAUCAUGAUCCGGACGCUGAACAUGAGUCUAAAGCGGAAAGUGCAGGCGUCGAUUGUUUUUCUUUUCAGUGGCUUUGCCGUGAUUGCAGGACUCUUGCGGAUGAUUCCCUGGAUUCAGAUCUACAUGCAAGAUGUCAGGAAUCCCACCAUCAGAAUCCUUGCUGACGAUUUGCCGGUAACUGAUCAAGAAGGGGUCGUAUCAAUUGUUCUAUUCUGGACAUACAUGGAAAUUGGCGUCGGAUUCAUUGUCUCCUGCGUACCCCGAAGCGCUUGGAUCUGGGACAAGCUCCCAUCUCUCACGCCCUUGCUAUCCAAGAUGUCGCGAUCUUUUACUUCAGUCGCAUCCCGCUCAUCGACUACCAAGACAGGCACGGCUGACCAUGAUAGCGAACGGAAAGCUCAAGGGAUGCAUUCCGAGCUUCACUCACAGAGAUCACUCGUCAAUAUGAAGGGCACUUCAAUCGGUAGCCGGAGAUCAUCCGAGAACCUUGAAUUGGGAAUCAUGUCAUAGGGAAAAUAGCGCGAUGCUGAUGGCGUUGCCCACCUCAUGUUUUGGAAUUGCCAGUCUGGGGUUCAGGGGUUCAGGGGUUCAGGGGUACUUAACUUGAUGUAAGCAAACACCCCAAAAGGCUUGGGCCAAUGCCAAAGUUAUCGCAAUUUACAACAUGCCCAA